AUGUGCAAGUUCGUCUCGUCAUCGUCGGCCAUGCACCUUGGCAACCAACUCCGCCGUGGGCGCGCCGCUGAUGCUGCCGUCGCCGUCGCCCUGCUCGUGAUCGGCCUCGCCGCCGGGUUCACGGGUGCGGACACCGACACGUUCAUCUACGCGGGGUGCUCGCCGUCCAAGUACCAGCCGGGCACCCCCUACGAGGGCAACCUCAAGUCGCUCCUCGCCUCCAUCACCAACACGGCGCCCAACGCCGCGUACAGCAGCUUCGCCAACGGCACGGGCGACGGAGGCGCCGCCGCGUACGGGCUCUACCAGUGCCGCGGGGACCUGGGCAACGGCGAGUGCGCGGCGUGCGUGCGGGACGCGCUGGCGCAGCUCGGCCAGGUGUGCCCGGGCGCCUACGCGGCGUCGCUGCAGCUGGAGGGCUGCUACGUGCGCUACGACGGCACCAACUUCGUGGGCCGGCCCGACACGGCCAUGGUGUACCGCAAGUGCAGCGCCAGCACCAGCGCCGACGCCGGCUUCCUCCGGGACCGGGACGCCGUGCUGGGCGCGUUGCAGGCCGCGGCCGACGGGUACAGGGUGGGCAGCUCCGGCAGCGUGCAGGGGGUCUCGCAGUGCCUGGGCGACCUGGCCGCCGCCGACUGCACGGCGUGCCUGGCGCAGGCCGUCGGGCAGCUCACGGGCGCCUGCGGCACGGCGCUGGCCGCCGACGUGCACCUGGCGCAGUGCUACGUCCGGUACUGGGCCAGCGGCUACUACUUCCGCCCGUCACAAGAUUAUUCGCAAGAUGACGUGGGGCGGACCCUGGCCAUAAUCAUAGGCAUCUUGGCAGGGCUGGCCCUCAUCGUGGUCUUCAUCUCCUUCCUCAAGAAAUCAUGUUAA